GCUUCAACUUGGAGCGGCGUCGUUUCAUCGAUCUGGGAACGGGUGAGAAGUCCUCUGCUGGUGCAAUUCGUCAGCUGCGAGUUGAGAGAUGGUGAGAGGGAGCGUACAGAUUCUCAGAGACGCCGCCAUUAAUGGCCUCUCGAGGACUCUCUCCGACAUCCUCGUCUGCCCUUUAUCCAAGCAACCGCUAAGGGUAUGUGACAAAACUGGGUCUUUGAUUAGUGACACCAUUGGCGUUUCCUUCCCCAUAAAUGAUGGUAUCCCUUGCCUCGUGCCCAAGGAUGGGAAGAUACUUGGGGAUGGUGAUCAUUAUGGUGCUCCGAAUUCUGGUCCUGUCAAUGAUUCAACUCCCACUAACAAGGGCUAAAAGAGAAGGUAAUUUCGAAGCUGAUUCAUAGAACGUUGAAGGUCAUGAAAUGGAAGGCGAGAUCUGCAGCUUUGUCUGGGUCCUUCCUCAGACGUGUUCAAAGAAUAGCCUUGUAAAACUACUUUUCUGACCUUGAAACUUCUGUGGUGCAAUUCACUGCAAAUUCUGCAGCUCACCCAUCAAACCUUGUGGUUGUGGCUUGUAUGCUAUGCUCGAGUGUCAUAGAGAUGGAAAGUUUUUCUAAGCUCCGUGUGAUGAUCGUUACUG